AUGAGCACGCUCGAAGCAGCCCAGAAUGGCCAACUCGAGCUCGACGCUCAGAAUCCGUCGUCUUCCAUUGCCCAAAAGCCCGCAAUUGUACGCUCCGCCCGAUGCGCUGCAUCGGCGCCGACGAUGGUGCCCAGCAGUGCCAACGCUGCAAGCGUCAGAAUCUCGAGUGUAUUUUUGAAAAGCACAGGCAAGUCGUACCCGUGUCCUUCGUUCCUAGCAGGCGCGGCCUCUUACCUCUCUUCUCGGCUUCUUCGGAUGAACUGGCGUGAUUAUUACCCGACCACAGACGAGGCCGUAAACCAGGUUCAAAGUCAGCUAUCCGAGCAUUCUAAAAUGCUCCGCAGACUAGAGCGCGAAAUGAAGGCGAAAGCCAAAGAGGCUGGCGUCGCCCCACCUCCGAAACCAAAGGCAGCAGCAGCAGCAGCAAGCGCUGCGACAACGGCGUCGAGUUCGACAAGUGCACCUCCACCUAUUCAAACUUCGUACAAGCAGUCGGUCCCUGCCUCGGUCCCUGGCGCGGGUCCGGUUGCGCAGAGCACGCAGCAACCUCCGCACGAGCUCGUCUCCUCGGAUCUUCCGCACCACUCUGCCUCUUCUCUUAACUCUGGUUCAUCAGGCAUGGGAUCUACACCCACCCAAGCGUACGAGAUGCCAUUUCAGGUCCAGUAUCCGUCCUCGGACGCCCGUCAGCAGCAGCAACAGCUCAAUGCUGCACUCGAGCGCCAUAGUUCCGUCUUGGACAGGCAGGGCUCGGUCGAACAUGGCGCUAUGGAAAGGGGCGAUAGUAUGGAAGAAAGCACGCCAGACGCAGACGAUGCAAUCUACCCUGCACGGGUCGUGGACAAGGAAACGAAGAGACAUUCUACGUUUUUCAGAACCAUUCUCAAUCCACCCGACUCGAACCCUGGGAAUAACCAUGGCGAGGCUUCGAAAUCAGAUGCAGAAAGGGGCGUCCAGGUGACCCUUCCGCCUCGGCCCAUCGUACUCGAUCCAAACGUUCAGGACCCAAUCGCUGUCGGCCUAUUGGACGAACAAGAAGCCAAAGUGCUCUUUGAUCUGUGGGUCCUUUCGCAAGCCACGCAAUAA